UUAUUUUUUGAUGGACGUUCACGUCAGACUUACUAGCCAGGUCUAGCCAAAUUUCUGUGGAUUGAACAAUUGAACUAAGGAAAUGGAUCGAUACGUGCUUGUUGUUUGUUUUAACCUGAAGGGACAGUAUAAUAAUGACGUGAGCGGCUUCUUAGGACUGGAUGCCGCCAAGAAGAUUUAUGAGUCUCUCAAAGAUAUCUCCAUUAAUAACCCUACAACCAAGAUUUCCCAGUUUCCAGCUUGUUCUCUCAGUGGAACCCCUGCUUCGCAGAGAUGGCACUUCGCGAUCCAGGCUUGUUGGGGAUCGUCGCAGUUCUGCAGCUCAGAGUGGGAGGAGCUGGGGGUGGGUGUGCUUAGGAGUGACAGUGAAGAGAUGGGGCCAUCGGCCAUGGACGCAUGUCACAGCGCCCUGCUUGGUUCUGAGAAUGGGGAGGAUCCAGAAAGCGCACUUUCACAGGCCGAACUGUAUGAAGAGGCUGCUGAGGGGCUGCACGCCUUGUCCGAUAAGCUUCCUGCUCCAGGGAGGGCAAUGCUGGAUGUCAUUUUACUGGGCCUGGAUGAUGAAGGGCCUGGUCUGAAGGAAUUCCUGCCUGUUCUCGGCUCACUGAAGCACAUGCAAGCCUGGCAUUCCGCUAAGAUGACCCUGGUGACAGAGAACAAUGCUGGGUGGCAGACACCUGCAUCAUACCUGUCAGCCAGCGUAUGCGGUCCUGGUGCCCUUCUGACUUGCAUUGAUGAGAAGGACCUGUGGAGAGGAAGUGUUCUUAUUAAGGAGAAAAAGUUUGUCUCAGAGCUGCGCUUCGGUGGAUUCUGCCUGAAGGAUCGGAGUGGGAGCACGGGGGCCUGCGUUCCGCUCCACGAAACGGACUCACAGAAGCACACAGACCAUAACCUGCAGUCUGAGGUGUUCCACUACUACCGGCCUGCGCUGGAGCUGCUGCAGCUGGUCACCGUCUCUGACCUUCCCAUCUUCCUCCAGUCCACCACAGAGUUCACACUUGAGCUGUCUACCAGAUCGAGUAAAUCAAAACUGCUCCUGGAUCAGCUGAGAACGCUGCGUGGAAAGGUGGGAGCCCUGUUCUCUCUGGCCUGCACGGUCAGCACGGUCACUGUCCCCACAGCCACACAGCUCAGCACGCAGAAGUGGAAGGAGUUCAUGGCCCAGAGACCCAAGGCUUGGCCUGUUCCAGAUGUUGAGGUGAAGGGGGAGAGGGGUCACUACUUCCUGUUGGUUCAGGGGGCAGAGACCGGGGGUUGCACUGCCCGGAUGAUACACUCGGCCAAUCAGAUCAACGGAGCAGCUGCCCUGGCAACCGUCAAUGGCCUGCUGAGAGAGAGGACCCUGGCUUUGUCAGGCAUGAGCGCUGUGGACUGGCUGCGGUCCCUUCCCUGUCUCCAUGGAGACCAGCUGAUGCAUAGGGAGAGGAAGCUUUCGAGGGUACAGAUACUGACCCUAAAGGAGUACCUCAGGAGGAAAGAGGAUGCCCAGAAGCCGGCCUCUGUGCCUGUCAAUGACCUGAAGGUUCUGCUGAGUUUGGCCCGCGAGCAGUACCUGAGGAUGCACGAUGCUGGCCUACCCAAAGCAGCGCAACUCUUGGCAGACAAGGAGAACUGCACCAGUAAAGCUCCAGAGGUGAGAAACACCCAGAGUUCUGCCUGGCCUGAGAGGAGUGUCCUUCAGAACUUUGAGAACCAGAGAAAGAACAGCCAGAGGACGAGGUCCAGUCUCAUCAUGUCAGCUGGCUCCUCAGAGUGUCUCCUGGGUCCUAAAGACACCCAUAGAGUGGUCCCUGCCCUGCUGGAUGCCAAGGAGCUGCUGAAGCACUUCACCCCAGAGGGCCUGGCCAGCAGAGAGCUACAGCCCCUGCAGAUCAACAGAGGGGAGCACGCCUUCCAGCUGUCCCCUGACCUGACGCCCCGGAAGGUGACCCAACUGCCCUUCAGCAAAGCAGCCAGCAGCCAUUACCAUGGAAUCGAGUUCUGCCUGGAUGAACAGAAGGCCCUGGACCGGGACAGGGGCUUUGUGAAACUUCAGUCCCGCCUCAUCCGCUAUGAGACCCACACCACCUGCUCCAAGGAGCCGUGCCCCGUUCCCUUCGCCCUCAGCCCCGCCCCCUCCCCCGCAGUGCUCUCUGAGCCGGGCAGCGUCCCUGACGGAGAGGCGCUGCUGUCCGACCUGAGGGGGGAGCCUGCUCGGCCGAAGCGCCGGUCCCGGGACGUUGACUGCGUCCACCCGCAUAAGAGGUUGAUGAAGUCAGAGAGCAGUGAAUCGCUGGGGUCACAGUGCAGUGGGAGCAGCGGAACCCACCCGGCUGUGCGGGUGCUGCGGCAACAGCCCCCCAGGUCCCACCACACUCCCGUCGUUCCCAAACAUGAGCCCCAGCGCUCCCAAGGGCCACCCCAAACACAGGAGGGGGCCACAGCCGGCAAAGAGUCACGCUCCCAAAAACAUGCCAGGAUGCUGAGGGAGGUCGUCACAAAGACACUGAGGCACCACGGGAUCACGGGCGAACACCCGAGCUUUGACGCCUGCACUCAAAGGCUUUUUGAAAUAUCAAAGUUCUAUCUCAAGGAUUUGAAAACCUCAAGGGGGCUCCAUGAGGAAAUGAAAAAGGCCGCCAGCAGUAACGCGAAGCAGGUCAUCGAAUGGGUUCUAGAAAAAGCCUCCAGAAAAUGAGCAGAGGGGGGGCAUAUACACAACUACUGGUGGAGAAGGGAGGAUAAUUACGACACAACCACUGGUGGAGAAAGGAGGUCAACUACACAACAAUUGGUGAAGAAGGGAAGUCAUCUACACAACCAUUGGUGGAGAAGGGAGGUCACCUGCACAACCAUUGGUGGUUGAAUGCUUUCAGGUUACAGAGCCACGUGGGCCUUAUUUCACCAUGGCA